UUCGAAGAAUAUACAAAAAGCGGCUGGUGUUAUUUCUUGCAGUCAGAUUUAUGUCUUCAUAUAAAAAGAGCUCCGAGUACAAGCCUGGAGAACGUCGACCACGGAAUGUCAGUACAGUUAAUUCGGUACCCGUCUGUGAAAAUUACAGAUCUUCAGUUGUAAAAGAAAUUGCAAGGAGGAUUAAUCGUAUCCAAAACCCCGUUCUUCCAGAGUACCAAAUUCGAGACUUAAACGAUGCGAUCAAUAAGCUUAUGAGAGAAAAAAGAGCCUGGGAGCUUCAAAUAAAAGAACUUGGUGGCCCAGAUUAUACACAUGUAUCAACAGCAAAACUAUUCGAUGAUGAAGGCCAAAAAGUUAGUGAAGAGGAUGAAUAUCGUUACUACGGUCGCGCUCGUGAUCUUCCCGGCGUAAAAGAGCUGUUUGAAACUGACAUUACAUUUGUUUCAGAGCAUCAGCGGAAACUCGAAAUGCAACAACGUGUGCUGAAUGCAGACUACUACGGAUAUCUUACGGAGAGCGAAGAAGCCAAGUUACUGGAAUUCGAGAAACAGGCCGAACAGUCUCGGCUAGUAGAAUUACAACGGUCCGCUGUAGACCAACAGCCACCAGCUGACUGGCAACGUGUCCGAAUUGGUCGGAUUCCGAACAAGACUGAAGUGGAACAAAUCCUAUUACAGCGUCGUAAGGAUGCCCUUCUAAGUCGACUAGACUAGGCUAUAUCAGAAA